UUAUGGUCAAGCAUUGCACUCGAGGUGCGCAGGUCAAAUAGGAAGAGAAGCCGAAUGCGGUAUCAAAUCCGGUAUGCAAGCCCGACAUGGAAUUGAUGAUUCGCUGCUUGAAUCUCAGCGCGCAGGUAAAGUUGGCAUUAUCCUGUUCACUGCAUUUGAAGCAAGGCGCAAGGAGCUCCAUUCCCCAGUUUUCUCGCAAUCUAGACUUUUGUUCUUCAAUAUCUUCUUGAGGAACUUCGCAAUAAAUGACUCCCAAAGAUGGAUUUUCCUGAUAUGGAUCUCUCGAACUUUGGUCUACCAAACAUGGAUCUGCCAGACAUGAAUCCUCCGGACAGAGAACUUCAGAUGAUAUUUAACAGACUUCAGAUGCUAUACUAUCUGAAUCGCUUGAUGGAUGCAGGAUUUGAUAAUUGGAAGGUGGUGAAGGAUAUCACCGAGAAGGAUAUGCAAAUACUCGGAAUGAAGCUGGGUCACAUAAGAAAACUCCAACGGGAAAUUGCGACUUCGCGAGGAUGGCCCCAAAAUGCCCCGCUAAAUGGUCCAUAUGUUUGUUGUGGGGGACAGAAGCAGGCCCUGUGGUGGCAAAGUUAA